CGGUGAGGCGCCGCCGCCAUGUGGCUGAUUCCCGAGGAGGUGCUGUUGGCGAACGCGCUGUGGGUGACGGAGAGAGCGAACCCCUUCUUUGUGCUGCAGCGGCGGAAAGGACACGGUCGCGGCGGCGGCCUCAGCGGGCUGCUGGUGGGAACGCUUGAUGUGGUGCUGGACUUGAGCGCACGGAUUGCUCCUUACCGGAUCCUCCAUCAGACGCAGGAAUCUCAGAUUUACUGGAACAUCGCAGGCGGCACCUCCAGGAAGGAGAUCACACGGCACUGGGAAUGGCUGGAGAAAAACCUCCUGCAAACACUGUCCGUCUUCGACAAUGAGGAGGAUGUGACCACGUUUGUGAAGGGGAAAGUCCAGGGUAUAAUUGCUGAGGAGAACAAGAACAAGGAGGCGAAGGAGGACGAAGAUUGUGGGAAGUUCAAGGAGGCGGAGCUGAAGAUGAGGAAGCUAUUCGGGAUGCCGGAGGUGGAGAAGCUGGUGAACCAUUAUUCCUGCAGCUACUGGAAAGGCCGUGUCCCUCGGCAAGGAUGGCUCUACCUCAGCGUCAACCACCUCUGCUUCUACUCCUUCCUGCUGGGAAAGGAAGUGAAGCUGGUGAUUCGCUGGGUGGAUGUUACGCAGCUAGAGAAGAACGAGACACUGCUGUUCCCCGAGUGUGUGAGGCUCAGCACCAGGGAUAGCGAGCAUUACCUCUCCAUGUUCCUCAACAUCAAUGAGACCUUCAAACUGAUGGAGCAGCUGGCCACCAUCGCCAUGAGGCAGCUCCUGGACAAUGAGAGCUUCGCCCAGGACCCCAGCCUGCCCAAAGCCCCCAAGCCCCUCAAACACAGCUCCACACUCAAACGGGACCUGGAUGCCAGGGCUAAGAAUGAGCAAUAUCGAUCCACUUUCCGCCUCCCGAAGGCUGAGCGCCUAGACGGGCACACGGAAUGCACCCUGUGGCUUCCCUUCGGGAAAAUGCACAUCGCGGGACAGAUGUUCGUUUCCAACAAUUACAUUUGCUUUGCCAGCAAAGAGGAGGACGCCUGCAAUCUGAUCAUCCCCCUGCGUGAUGUGACGAUUGUGGAGAAGGCAGACAGUUCCAGCGUGCUACCCAGCCCCUUGUCCAUCAGCACCAGCAGCAAGAUGACUUUCCUUUUCGCCAGCCUGAGGGAGAGAGACUUCCUGGUGCAGAAAAUCUCUGACUUUCUCCAGCGCACACCAUCGUGGGGACGCUCCAGCGGGAAGCCCUGGCUGUGUCGCCCCAACAGCACCGAGGCCCAGAUUUCCGCUGGCCGGGGGGAAGGGGACUCGGGAAGCCCCUCGACCCCCAACCCGCGGGGUGGGACCACCAGCGAGCCGUUCAUCUACUGCAGCGAGAGCAUUCCCACAGCCACCCACGCUCUGAGGGCCAUCUUCCCCAGCCCUGCUUCCGGAGAGCUGGGGCCCGCCAUGGUGAAGGAGAAGAUGAAGGAGGAAUUGUGGAACAUUCACUUUGUGGAGUUUGGCCGGGGGGUGUGUAUGUACCGCACGCCCAAGACCCAGGAACUGGUGCUCAGGGGUCUGCCUGAGAGCCUGCGCGGAGAGCUCUGGCUGCUCUUCUCAGGAGCGCUGAACGAGAUGGUGACGGAGCCAGGUUACUAUGCUGAGCUGUUGGCGAGGUCACUGGGCAGGAGCAGCCUGGCCACCGAGGAGAUCGAGAGGGACCUGCAUCGCUCCAUGCCCGAGCACCCGGCUUUUCAGACAGAGACGGGUAUCGCCGCCCUGCGUCGCGUCCUCACCGCGUACGCCUUCCACAACCCCAACAUCGGCUAUUGUCAGGCUAUGAACAUCGUGACCUCGGUGCUGCUGCUGUACUGUAAUGAGGAGGAGGCGUUUUGGCUGUUGGUAGCGCUAUGUGAGCGGAUGCUGCCCGAUUACUACAACACCAGAGUGGUUGGGGCGCUGGUUGACCAGGGAGUGUUUGAGGAGUUGACGAGAGAGCACCUGCCUUUGCUGUACGAGUGGAUGCAGGAGCUGGGGGUAAUCAGCACCAUCUCACUGUCCUGGUUUCUCACGCUGUUCCUCAGUGUGAUGCCGUUCCCCAGUGCUGUGCUGCUCAUCGACUGUUUCUUCUAUCACGGCAUCAAACUGAUCUUCCAGGUGUCACUGGCCGUACUCGAGGCGAACCAAGAACAACUGCUCAACUGUGCCGAUGAAGGAGAGGCCAUGACUGUGCUGGGCAGAUACUUGGACAGUGUUUGCAUCAAACGCAAUUCAUCACCUUCGACCUCACACCUCCAGCCUCCGGCCAGCGACAGAGAGCUCCCCCCACCACAGAUUGACAUCUUUGAGCUGAUUAACUCAUCGUACGAAAAGUUUGGGACAAUCCGGGCGGAGGCGAUCGAGCAGAUGAGAUUCAAUCAGAGACUGAAGGUCAUCCAGAGUCUGGAGGACUCGGCCAAGAGGAGUGUGGUGCGAGCGAUCCUGACGGACACAGCGUUCAGUGUGGAAGACCUGGAGGAUCUGUACCUGCUGUUCAAGGCCAAGCACCUGACCAGCUGUUACUGGGGAGGGAACAGCAGUGCGGCUGAUCGCCACGACCUGAGCCAGUCCUACCUGGAGCAAUAUCGCAUCGACGCCGAUCAGUUCUGCCAGCUGUUCGCGGCGCUGGCCCCCUGGGCUUGCGGCCCCCACUCCCACGUCCUCGCCGCUCGCAUGUUCCGCCUCCUCGACCACAACAGCGACUCGCUCAUUAGCUUCAAGGAGUUUGUGAUCGGCCUGAGUGGGAUGUACCAUGGUGAUCUCAUUGAGAAGCUAAAGUUAUUGUACAAACUGCACCUGCCUCCAGCAUUGUGGCCGGAGGAGGAAUCUGCGGUGGACGCUACUCAGUAUUUCACCCAGGCUGACGAGGAACUGUACGCUUCAUGUCUCUUUCCUGACCUGGAUUUCCUGCCCGCUGCCUGCUCAGGAACUGCCGCAGGCGGCCUGGCCAGCAAAGCGAGAGCCGAAGAGGGAGCCAGCAGCGAGAGGCAGAUUAAAGACGGGCUGGGAGCUGCUCCGAGGCUGUCGGUUGGGGAACGACAGGACAAGAGGGAAACCGCCCAGGAGCUGCCCAAGAUGAACCAGGAGCAGUUUAUCGAGUUGUGUAAAACUCUGUACAACCUGUUCAGUGAGGACCCCGAGGAGGGGGGGCUGUACCAGGCCAUCGGGACCGUGGCCUCCCUCCUGCUGCGGAUUGGAGAGGCCGGCAAACAGGUCAGCCGGCCCCCGGGGAGGGGCAAUGGGAAUGGCAACACUGGGAACGGGAGCCCCGGGAACCCCGGCAAUGGGAACGCCGGGAUCUCGGCCCCCCGAUCCCCGGCAGUGGAGCUGAGCCCCGCGGGGGAGGGGCUGCCGAGUUCUGACGAGGAGCUGAGGGAUGACACCUCGCUGUCCUCCUACUCCAUGGUGAGUGCAGGCUCGCUGCGGUGCGAGGACAUUGGCGAGGACACGGUGCUGGUGGGCUGCCCCCGGCCGGCCCCCGGUGACUGGGCCGUUUCCCUGCAGCAGAUCCUGGCCUCGGUGCUGACCGAGCCCCUCCUCGUCACCUUCUUCGAGACCCGAGGCGACAUCAGGCCCAGGAUCAUUCAGUGCAAGCGGCAGCGGGUGGUGGAGCGUCAGCAAAGCUCCUGCAGUGAACAGGACCUGUCCUCGUCCUCGUCCACCUGAGCCGCACCGGGUAGCUGUGCCCAGCCGGGCCCCACCAUCACCGCCGUCAGCCACAAACCAGGACUCUCAACAACUCUCGCCGCCCGCACUCCUAUUGACUCUACCCUGACCUGGAGUUCCUGCUCCAGAGACACAGUCGCGUCUCUUAAACUGUCUACAAUAAGCUGAGCAAACUCUCCCCUCCCCCUCCGCGGCGAGGGGCUGAGAGAGGCUGCGAGUGACCGACCGACCACACGUCCAGGUGCGCAAGUGAAACAGGAUGUCAGUGUUUUGCAUACAGCCUGUGUUUACGUAGUGUUUACGAGCAGCUGGAGUCGGCCAGUCUUCAGUUACACAGUGUUGGGAAAACCUCAAUUAUCUCAAAUUCCUGAUGUUUUCCCUGAAUCUUGUGACGAGUGUCUGUGUGUUUGUCGGGGGCGAUCGCGAAAGUGGGGAGAUUUUCUGUUUUGUUAAGCGACGCUUUAUGUUGCUUUUCCACCGGAGACUCGCGGUGUCGACCCCCCCCCCCCCCCCAGUCGUUGCUUCAUGUCAGUGACCACAAACCCCAACCCUAGAAAUCGCUGAUCAGUAAAACAGCUGAACCCUGGGUGUGUGAGGUGCUGGUAACUGUGUAAAACUGCUUCAGGAAGUGACCUUUGUUGCAAAUGCUGGUUUCACAGGCUGCAAAUAAAUUGUAUUUUGUUUCCGGGAGGGAAGAGAAAAUUAAUCUUUUUGUGUGUAAAAAAAAACAAGCAAUGUAAUGUUCUCCUCCUGGCGGGGGCUGGGGACAGUUUCUCCCCCUUUGCGACAUGUUGUCUGGGCUAAUUCAAUGCCUGAACCUAGUAAGGUGGGACGUGCUGGAACCUCGGACCGUUGAGUUUCUGGCAGAAGUCUGGCCUUUUUUAGUAAAGCGUCAUUUACACUCGAGUCUGUCCUGAACAUCGGCCACCCUCGGCUGGUCGCUAACCACCCAGUGGGUAUAACAGUAUUGGAAAUCUCUCUCGUCCGCUCACAACCAAACCUGAGUUUUGGGUUCAAGGUCACGUCUCUUCCCUCUGAAUUGUGUGCGGCUGUUGUGCUACAUGUCAACACUCGUCUAUCGGCCAGACAGACGAUUCAAGAAACUUCGCUCGGCUUUCAUUAUAUCCGUCUUCUGAGACGUUUCAAUUCAGUGUUUGUGCAUUAAUAAUAAUCAGCAUUCUUCUCUGUAACAUCUCCCCCCCCCCCAACAGGGCCGCAUGUUAAUUUAUAUAUUUUUAUUGUCCACGUCUGUUGCUGUUAAUAUUAACCUAAAAAUGGACCAGGACUUUAAUAAAAUCACCAUUUAGCACUUUCA